AUGGGGGGGGCAUCUAAGCCCCCGAUGGGCGAGUUCCCGCACGACCUGGAGGGCGACGAGCUGGACGACGACCUCCCGCGGAGGAAGAACAAGGCCAAGGGCAAGGCGUACGGGAUCGGGGGCAUGCGCAAGAGGCAGGAUGCGGCCACGCUGGAGGACCGGGACAAGCCCUACGUCUGCGAUAUCUGCGGGAAGCGCUACAAGAACCGCCCGGGGCUGAGCUACCACUACACGCACACGCACCUGGCCGAGGAGGAGGGCGAGGAGCCGCCCGAGCGCCACGCGCUGCCCUUCCACCGCAAGAACAACCACAAGCGUGAGCAGGGCCUGCUCCUGGGGGCAUGCAUGCGUGUCGUCGUGCACAGCCUGGGUGUGCCUCUGUGUAUGGCUAAGAAAGCACCGGACGGCACGGUCAUACCAAACGGUUAUUGUGAUUUCUGUCUACGCGGCCCGCUAGGCGGCUCGAAGAAAACGGGCUGCCCCGAGGACCUCAUCUCCUGCGCCGACUGCGGACGCUCCGUGACCUCCCACUACCCCCACACCUACAGCCCCCCAAUGCUGGUCCGUUCCCCCCCCCAGGACCAGCUGCUCUUCUGCGAUGACUGCGACCGGGGCUACCACAUGUACUGCCUCAGCCCCCCCAUGGCCGAGCCCCCCGAGGGGAGCUGGAGCUGCCACCUGUGCCUGCGGCAGCUGAAGGAGAAGGCCUCUGCCUACAUCACGCUCACCUAGACCCCCGUGUUGCUGGGACCCCUGUGGAGGGGGGGGCGUGCGGCAGGAGCCCACCCGCCCCUCACACCCCAGAG